AUGCCAGCGAAUCCUCUCCCCACAAAGAUCGGCGUAGUAAUCUUCCCCGGAUUUCAACUACUAGACUGGGCCGGCCCCCUAGACGCCUUGAACAUUCUCUCCAACAGUCACACUCUGACCCUCUGUACCAUUGCCGCAACUCUGGACCCAGUGCCAACCCAGAACUUUGUGCAAGACGAACAAGGCUCCCAAUUCUCGCAGUCCAUAGUCCCAACGCAUACAUUUGAGAAUGCGCCGGAAGAUCUGGAGAUGUUGCUGCUUCCGGGAGGUCUAGGAGCAAGGGGACCAAAGAGUGACGAGUGGAUGAAGCCACAAGUUGAGUAUUUGAAGAAACUGGAUCUGAGUGGCAAGGGAAGCAUCAAGUGGGUCUUGACUGUCUGUACGGGCAGUGAGAUUCUGGCUCGGACUGGCUUGCUGGAUGGUAGGAAGGCUACGACUAACAAGCGUGCUUUCAAUAAUGUCAAAGCUCAGCAUCCAAAUGUCGAAUGGGUCGCAAAGGCUCGGUGGGUUGUUGACGGCAAUAUCUGGACUAGCUCUGGUAUCUCGGCUGGUAUAGAUCUGACGUUUGCGUGGAUAGCGGAGGUGUUUGGCGAGGAGACGGCGCAGUUUGUGGCGGAUCGGAGUGAGUAUGAAAGGAACGUUGACUCGGGGAAUGAUCGGUAUGCUGAGAGAUGGGGAGCUGUGUAG